UUGAGCAGUCUUUGUUUCGGAAACGCCUUGAGACUAAGCCAACAUGAAGGUAGUUCUGUUCUUCGCCAUACUUUGCGUCGUCGCCUACGCCGAUCACGAGGAAGGCCACAACGAAGAGCAGCACGAAGGCCACCAUGGGAACCACACUGAGGGCCAAGGGGACCACGCGCAUCAUCAUGCACCCCACCAUGGGCACCAUCAUGGGCACCAUGCAUCUGUCUGCAACCUGCCAGAGGACUCGAUUGCUGCUGUGGCGGAUUGCGUGCAACAAAACGUCACCCAGGAGGUCCUGCAAAAGCUGAACCAAGUGAGCGCGAGUGUUGAGUGCGAGACCAUCCUCUGUGGAAUCAAGAAGAUUUGUGAGAGAGACGGUACCCUGGAAAACAACCGAACCGACGUUUUCACGGCUGAGCAGAACCAGGAGCUCCGUGUAGCCUUCUAUGGCUGUCGGCCCCAGCAAGUGGUCACCAGUGAAGCACCUCAGCAGGUCAGCGAAGUCACACCUGAAGCCUAAAUUCUGUAAAUAACGUUGAAAGAACACGUGUUUAGUUAAAGCUCAAAUAAAUACGAGAACGCGCAUCCCAUGCGUUUUGUAA